AUGAAAGAGAAAGAUACAUUAGUUAAAGCUGUUAGAUAUAUCAAACAAGAGGAAGAUAAGAAAUUAACUGAUUUGAUUAAUAAAUGGAGAGAUGUUUGCUUUAAAAGUUCAAACUAUUUGUACAAUCAUUAUUCCAUCGAAAUGAUGAAAUAUGGUGGUAAGAGGCAGUUCAGACAGAAUUAUUUAGACAGGCAACUGAAGUUGAACCAGCCUUAUGAUGAACUAGAUCAUGAUAAUCAUAAUGAUGACGACGAUGAAGAAGAUACUGGCAAUGAUGGUAAAAGAAAGAGACAAAGCUAUCAAGAUUAUGAUGAAUACGAACCAACAAAGUAUGACGAACACCCAAUCAAAGAUGAUUAUGUUGACGAUGACGAGUUUACUAUGAAAGAUCUAUACUAUUAUUUAAAUAAGGAUCAUAAAUUAGUAUAUGAAAGUUAA